AUGGGUUUUAGUGGUAAAUGGAGAAAGUGGAUUCAUGGAUGCCUUACUUCUUCCAGAGCAUCAAUCCUUGUUAAUGGAUCCCCAAUUGACGAGUAUUCCAUAACAAAGGGAUUGAAUAUUGCCAUUAAGAGUGCCUCCCAACAGCUCUUGAUUAAAGGUCUCAAGUUACCUAAUAAUGGUCCUUGUUUAACGCAUUUGUUUUAUGCAGAUGAUGCCAUUUUCAUUGGCAAAUGGGAUAGAAGAAGCAUCAAGAAUUUAGAUUGUAUUCUUAAGUGCUUUCACAUCAGCUCUAGCCUUAAAGUAAACUUUCACAAGUCAAAGCUAUUUGGUAUUGGUGUGACAGAUGAAGAAUUACAAGAUCAAGCAAGUCUUCUAGGAUGUGUAAAAGGGUAUUUUCCGUUUACAUAUCUGGGGAUUCCAGUGGGGGCAAAUACAUCCCUAACAAAGAAUUGGCGUCCGAUAAUUGAGAAGUUUCAAGCAAGACUUUCGUUAUGGAAAGCAAAGACCUUAUCAUUUGGUGGUCAUCUUACACUCGUGAAAUCGGUAUUAAACAGCCUUCCAACAUAUUACUUUUCAUUAUUUAAAGCACCAAACGGAGUUAUUGAAGAUCUUGAAAAAGCUCAAACGCAGGAAACCAAUUAUGUAUAUGGCGAGAAAUCAAUUCCUGGUGUCUGGUCCAAUAUUGCGAAAAUGGUUAACAUCUUUCCUGAAGUACAUAUUAAUCAUCAAUCCUUCUUCUCCAUGGUUCCUGGUUCUAAUGUGGAAAUUCUAUUUUGGUUAGAUCGGUGGUGUGGUGAUGAUACUCUUAAAAGUAAAUUCCCUUUACUAUAUAAAUUGGAAUUGGUGAAAAGAUGUUUUGUUACUGAAAGGGUAUCUGACUCAAGAUUUAUCUGGUGCUGGAAAUCACUACUUAGAGGAAAUAACGUUCUAUCGGAAUUUUUGGAACUAUGCUCUAUCCUCAACAAUAUCAGAAUCACACCCAAUGUGAUGGGGUUUAGAUUCAAUCUCAAUGCUGAUGGUAUAUAUAUACACGGUGAACAUAUUAAGGAAGAAACUUGA